AUGCGUAGGGUUACCUUUUUAACCAAUUUUGGACGCAAAAAAAGGUAUACAUUUCCAAGGAAGGAAAAAAAUCCAUUCGUGCUUUGCAAAAGCAGAAGAAGUGUAGCCACCAGCAUCAAUGCUGUGAUAAGAAGCACAAAUGGCGACGAUGUAAAGACAAAAUUGGAAGGAAGAGAAGAUGAUAUAAUUUUACAAAAAUCCACAUGCUCGGCCAUCCCUUCCCCAAUAAGUGAUUACUACCAGUACAACACAAGUGAUCUCAUCAAAGUUUUAAAUGUAUACAUAAAGUCCAAGAGUGAUAAUAUCGAAUUGUUGAAAAGUGUUUCGACGAAUUUGCUGCUGCAUAAAGAAAAAUUAAGAUACGGGGAGAUUAUCACAUUGUUAAAACAAUUUUCCGUGAUAAAAUGCAAAAAUUAUUUUUUAUUUUGCUAUUUUAAAGAUGUCCUGAUGGAAAAUAUCCAUUUAAUUACAUGUGAUGAUUUAGUGGACAUAUAUUUUUCCUUCACAAAUUUGAAUUAUUUUCAUCAUAAUUUUUUUUUCCUAAUUGAGAAGAGAAUAUUUCACAAUUUCCAUCUUUUAAAUUUAAAAAAAUUAAUUUGCUUAAUACAAUGCUUUAACAAGAAAAAAAUUAUCUCCAAAAAUUAUUUGACCAUAUUACUUUAUAGUAUAUCAAAAAAUAUAAAUGAGUUCGACACUUUUCAACUUUCUGUCCUUUUUGUUUUUUUUAAAAAUUUUAACAUAAAUAAUAGCAUCCUCAUAAAUUCAUUAAUUCAUAAUUUUAACCAACAUGUGAAUCUCAGCUCUGAGUCCAAGCAGCUAGCCAUUUUUUACAAUUUUUUGUCUUACGUUGGUAAGAGGUGCCAUAGGAAUUAUCACUACUUUGCAAAGGAGAAGGAACUCAUCGGCUUGAUAAGGAAUUUUGCUUUGCGGUAUGAUGAGCAGUGGGAUCCAAAUGCGCCAGGUGGAGCGAUGGGAGGUGAAGGUUGUACAGGGGUACACACCAACACAGUCUCCGACGCGCUAGGGGACACAGCGGGAGCCAUACAAAGAAGGCUGUCCAUUUUGGAAAGUAAUUUUCUCACCCAAAGUGACGAACUGCAAACACUGAGGGAGCAUACGAAUGCCCUAAAGCAGAAUUCGUACAACGUCAAUGUGGUGUACUCCAUUAAGAAUGCUUUAAAAAACGUGGAAGCGAUAACGAGGAAGAAAUUGAAGAGCAUGCCGAUUGAAUCUUUAUGCUUGAUAUCCUCUUCCAUAGCAAACAUAGAUAAAAAUAAAUUCCUCCUGGAAAAAGUCGCAGAGGAAGUUGGUAAACAGUCGACCAAAUUGAGUCCCCUGCUGGUGAGUUUUCUCAUGCUAUCCUUUAGCAAAGCGAGUCACAAACAUGGGAGUCUAAUUUACUACUCGUUGCAAUUUUUUUAUAAAUAUCACAGUUUUUUUAGUGUCAAUGAGGUGGGACUGCUGUGUAAGGCGCUGCACAAUUUUUCCCUUAAGGAGAACGAAUUUGUGGACGUGCUGAAUGGGUUUAUGUUGAACGUGCUGGGGGGGGGCAACAGUGAGGACACCCUCGUUAAUAGAAGUGGGGGCAACCUCGUUGAUAGCAGUGAGGGACGUGCCGAUAGUAACCCGCGUGAGGACCACUUCAAUUACAAUGCGGACGAUGGUACGUCCUCUGGAAAGCAGGUGGAGAAACUCUUUUUCGAAAUCGAGAAGAGCAUCGAUAAAAGCAUUGAACAGAUGAAUUACGAAGAUCAAUUCACUAAUUUGAGGAGCGUCCAUAUGGAAGAGGGAGGUAAAACUUACAAGGACGCAAAGGAAAAGGCAGGUGAACGUGAAAAUAAAAAAAUGUACAGUGAUUUUGUAAACUUUAGCUUUAUUGAUUAUGAAAAUAUAAAAAAGAACAAUUAUUAUCCAAACAAUUUGUACAACAUAAAAAUGAGCAACAAGAUUUAUAUAAAUAAUGUGAUAUACAUUUUGGAGUACUAUGCUUUCAACCUGGUGAAUAUUCCCGAAAUUUUGGACCGUUUCUGUGACUUUUUUUUAGAAAGAAACAUAAAUUAUAUCCUCUACUCGAGAAUAUUUUACGCCUUUUAUCUUCUGCAGUAUAGGGGGAAUAAGGUCUACCAAAUGAUUGACAAAUUUAAUGAGUGCCAACCCCUGUAUCAAGUGAUGUACAAGGAGAGGCACAUGGAGAAGCUGUUGGGGUCUUUAAUUUAUUUUUAUGAAAACAAAACGGAAGAGAAUAAAAUGCAGAACAUUUACUUUUACGUUUUGUCCAAGAGCUACUUUUCAUUCAUUUUUAAUUUUUCAAAAUAUAUUUUAACAUUUUUGUUUAUUAAAAAUAGUAAUUAUGUGCUACACAAAUUUUUGGUUCAUAUAGGGGAAAUAUCGUUGGGCAGGGACGACUGCAUUUAUCUGCACAAACCAAACAGAUUGCAUUGA